UGCUAUCCGGGCAGUUUUCAGCAGUACACCAAAUACAGUCCAUGUAUUUCCGGCCAGCUCAGCGCGCCCAGAGUGUUGUCAGAUAGGUUGUAAUCUUCCGGCAGUCACUGCUGUGAAUUGUACUACUGACAGCUAGCUAGGUUUAAGUGAGGACAUCAGCCUAAAGAUGGUGUUGCUUACUAUGAUCGCUCGUUUGGCAGAUGGCCUCCCGCUUGCUGCCUCCAUGCAAGAAGACGAACAGGGGAGUGAAAAGCUUGGAAGAGACCUGCAGCAGUACCAAGCCCAGGCUAAACAGUUGUUUCGGAAACUCAAUGAACAGAGUCCAAAUCGCUGCACUUUGGAGGCAGGUUCCAUGUCCUUCCACUAUGCUAUAGAGAAGGGAGUGAUCUAUCUGGUGCUCUGUGAGGCAGCAUUCCCUAAAAAGCUUGCCUUCGCGUAUUUGGAGGACCUGCAGGCUGAAUUCCACGAGCAGCAUGGGAAGAAAGUCACCACCGUGUCCCGACCGUACUCCUUCAUAGAAUUUGACACCUACAUCCAGAAGACCAAGAAGUCGUACAUUGACAGCCGAGCCCGCAGGAACCUGGGGAGCAUAAACACGGAGCUUCAGGAUGUGCAGCGGAUCAUGGUGGCAAACAUAGAGGAGGUGCUCCAGCGAGGAGAGGCCUUAUCCGCUUUAGAUUCAAAGGCCAGCAACUUGUCCAGCUUGUCAAAGAAGUACCGCAGCGACGCCAAGUAUCUGAACACUCGCUCCACGUAUGCCAAGCUGGCUGCUGGUGGUGUUUUCUUCAUCAUGCUCAUAGUUUACGUCCGUUUCUGGUGGCUCUGAAGAAAGACAAAGGAGAGGAAAAACGUUUGGGAGGAGCAUGACUCGACUGAAAGAGAAAGCAGUGACCACAUCCAUCCAGACUGUUUGAAAAGAAAGUCCCCUUUCUUUCUCUCAAGAGGAAGAAGAGAGACUGAUCUACACACUAUCCUUUACUGUGCAACAUAGAUUUUUGUAAUGUAAUCAGUACGGUAAUAGAGUUUUAUUAACAAAGCAGAAGUACCCUUUGUUCUGGCCUGAAUUGAUGCACGCGUGUGUGCGUGUGUGCGUGUGUGCGUGUGUGUGUGUGUGUGUGUGUGUGUGUGUGUGUGUGUGUGUGUGUGUG